UUUUUUUUCUAUAAUAUAUUUAUUCUUUUGAGAUCCAAAGCUCGAAGAGUUAUGAAGUUUUGAAGUGUUAUCUUUCUUUCGAUUACUAAUUUUUUUCAGAAUGAUUUGAGUUACUUGAACCUGAAAUUUUACGGGUAGGUGUGGUUUAUCAAUUUUUGUUCAGCCAGGUAAUAGGUGGACAAGCACACUUCGGUACUCCUUGUUUUCUUGCACCUGUAGGUUGUCGUAAUAAGUCUGAUGCAGGUCAUGGUGGUGCUGAUUCACUGUGCAUACUUGAGUAAUACAUAGCUUAAAAUAGGAACAUGUCAGGAUUGAUGGUAUUUUAAGCCUAAUUGGCCAGGAUAUUCUCGUAAAAAUAUGCUACUGAGUCGUCGCCUACUCAACAAGGUGAAUGAAUCUUUCAUUUCACAGCUAGAGCGCGUUUUGGGUAAAGAAGCUGUUAAAAUAACUACUGGAAAAGCGGGUGAAAGUUUACAUGAUCAGAGACAUCACAUAGGUAGAACUUCGGAUGUGGUUGUGGUGCCUCAAAAUGUUGAACAAGUUAGUUCUGUGCUGAAAAUGUGUAAUGAGGAUGGUAUUCCAGUGAUACCUUUUACUACAACCACUGGUCUAGGUUUCACCAAUACGUUCAAGGGAGGCGUAUUCGUCGAUUUGAUGUCAAUGGAUAAAAUCGUGGAAGUAAACACAAGUGAUUUUAUUUGUACUGUUGAACCGGGCGUUACCCAUGAGACACUGAACCAGCAUCUACACACGACAGGUCUUUGGUUUCCUGGAGAUCUGAGAGCCGAUGCUUCCAUAUGUGGUAUGGCUGCUGCGAGUGCACGUGGCACAAAUGCAGCGCGGUAUGGUACCAUGGCGCAGAAUGUUUUGAACUUGGAGGUUGUUCUGUCCAGUGGCGACGUGAUGUACACAGCUGGGAAAGAUAGACGGCCAAGGAAAUCAGCAGCAGGUUAUAACUUAACGAAACUCUUCGUGGGCUCCAAAGGUACACUAGGAGUGAUAACGCAGGCAGCGGUACGAUUGUAUGCAAGGCCAGCAGUAUGUAGUGUUGCAAUUUGUCCAUUUCGAACAGUAGACAAAGCUAUUGAAGCGGUCGUUGCUACAUUGCAGUGUUCUGUACCAACUGCAAAAAUAGAGUUCCUGGAUGCUGCUACAGUGGCGGCUUGUAAUCGCUAUAAUAAAUUAACACUUGUUGAAUCACCCACUCUUUUCUUGGAAUUCCACGGUAAUUCCGAAGCAGAAGUAGCUGAACAGGCGAGCCUUGUUGAAGAAAUAUUCGCCAGUAAUGAUGGGAGAGAGUUCACUUGGUACCAUGCGCCUGAAGAGCAGAAAAAAAUUUGGGCUUCUCUUCAUUCUGUCUAUUAUGCUAUUUUAUCACAGAAGAAUAAUGUUAAGGGUCUCACAAUGCAUUUCUCCUUACCAACAUCUGCACUGACUAAAACUGUCGCGGAGACGAGGAAGGAUAUUGACGAAUCUGGCUAUUUUUGGAGCACUAUUGGGUCGUGUUGGUGAUGGCAGCUUCCAUUGUGUGUUCCUAGUCGACGAAUCAAACCAGGAGGAGAUGAAAAUCAUUCGGGAAUUAUCAGAUCGUAUUGUGAAGCAUACAUUAGCAGUAGGUGGUUCGUGUACAGAUGAACAUGGAAUUGGAAUUAGUAAAAGGAAAUAUUUGGAGAAUGAAUAUGGUGAGGUGGCAGUGAACACAAUGAUUGCUAUCAAGAAAGCCUUGGAUCCAAAGGGUAUCAUGAACCCGAACGAAUUGUUUUCGAAAAACUAAUUUUUAUUUCAUUCUUUCAAAUUAUCUGAAAAAUAUAUUUGUUGUUGGUGCAGUUUUCCUCUCCCAUUACUUAUAAUAAUUUAACAUAGACAGUGAACACUAGAAGUGAUGAAAAUUUCAGAAGACGUAAUAAUACUCAACAGGACUCUAAUGCAUGGGUUAUUUUAUUAAUUGUUGAUAGUUUAUCAGGCUCCAAAAUUCUGACUCAUAAGAAUUUCUUUACCUUGAUGCUGAUCCUAACUGAACCUGUAAACUGUUACAGUACUCUGUGAAUAAACUGUUACGCUUGUAGUUGUUAUCUGGUCAGAGUUCAUUUAAAAAAAAA